GGAGAUGAAAGACGGGGACUCGGGGCUGCGCGCUCCGUUCAUCUCGACAGAAUCCAUUGUGGGAUUUCUCACAAAUUUCACUGAUGCUCUAAGCAUAUCGAAGAAACACAUCGACUCCCUUUAAUUGUAGACACUGUCUUGGGCUUUUGUUAUUUAUUACAACGUUAUAAUGGCGGGGAUGGUAAAUGACUCACAAUGUUUACCAGAGCGCAUUGCUUACAUCACUCGCGUGCAGAGCUUCAGCGCCUGUCAUCGUUUGCAUAGUAAAGCACUAUCGGAUGAAGAAAACAAGAGAAUAUUUGGCAAAUGCAACAACCCAAAUGGCCAUGGCCACAACUACAAAGUGGAAGUCACCGUCCGAGGGAAGAUUGAUAUAAGAACGGGAAUGGUGAUGAAUCUAACAGAUCUCAAGCAGUACAUUGAGAAAGCGAUCAUGGAGCCACUUGACCAUAAAAACCUGGAUAAAGACGUGCCUUACUUUGCUGAUGUGGUCAGCACUACUGAAAACCUGGCUGUGUUCAUCUGGGACGGACUGGCCAAGCUUCUCCCCCCCAACCUCCUCUACGAGGUCAAAGUGCACGAGACCGACAAAAACAUAGUCGUGUACCGUGGCGAGUAGAGAGAGAGAGAUAGAGUAUGUGUGUGUGUGUGUUUUGUGCCAGAGAGUAUCCCUUCCGUGGAGGUGGAGAAAGGAACCAAAACUAUCAUCUGCUGUUCACUGAUCGGCGUUGAGGAGUGCAGACUUCCUCAUACGAAGACAAUCCACUCUGCUGUCUCCCAUCCCUGAUUUUUGAGUAUGCUUUUUAGAAAUAGGAGGUUACCAAGUUAUCUUGCAAAAAAACAACAACUUCAAGUUAGGAAUGACAUUUGUGUCCGGCUAGUACCUUGCCAAAAAGGACUGAAAUUCACAUGGACACAUUUGCAUUUACAUAGGCCUAUGUUCAUUUAUUAACCCAUUGAUGCCACAUGCUGUAUACGCAUUGACCUAAGGCGCCUGGAGCGACAUAGAUGCAACAAUCAGGCUCAUGAGAUUUGGGGUUUUUAAAAUAAAAAUGUGGCUAGUUAGCUGAAUGAACACAUUCUAAUGCAAGAUUUUUUUAAAUGUGCUUCGGUGGCUGAGAUAUUUAGUUUUUUAUAGACUGAGGACACCUUUUUCCAAAGAGGGCUGAGGCAUUGAGCAGACGUUUUUGUGUAGGUGCCUUUGGCUAAAAUCGGUUAAUAAGAAAUGACGAAGUGAUGAAUGAAUACCGUGACUUAUCUGAAGUGUAGUAGUGAGUUGGAGCCCCUCUUGUGCCUCAAGUGUUUUAACCCUUUGAGGAGCACCAUCACAAAUAUGUGAUUCAAAUAUUGCCAAAUAUGUCAGUUCUCAUUAUGAUGUCAUAAGGACUUUGCGAGAUUUUAACACAGACUUCUAAAGAGCUGUAGAGUGUUCCAGUAAAAUUCUAGAAGAACUGGCGAAAAAUCCUUACAUGCUGUUCUUAGUUGCCAAUGUGGCAGUAGGCUAUGGGAUAAGCUACUUUACACAACGGGCAUGUGGCAUUACAUGGUCAAGUGUUAAUCAUUGUGCUUAUCAAUGUGUUUAUAAUAGUUUUUUAUGUUUUGUUUUCAUGUGAACCACCUCUAUGAAUAUACGAAUGAAUGAAAUGAAUGAAUGGGUGAUACAACAAUAGGAGCAGUUUUAAUUCUACAGAUUUUAGAUUUUAGAUUUUCUAUAGAUUUACAAAAGUUUCAGAUUGCACAAUGUCUUUUUAAAUGUAAUAUUAGUUGAAAUAUUGUAUUAUAGUAUUCGUUUCCACCACUAGACAUUUCAGGCGACCCCGAUUUGAGUUCCAGGCGACCCCACAUGGGGUCCGAGCUCCAAGAUUGAAAUAACUGGAUUAGUGUAACUCAGCAGGUGCCCAUGGCACUGCCAGGCCAAGUGUUCAAAUCCUUAUGAACAACAGGGAUUACAUAACAGUAACACUGACCAGAGAUUAUCCCUCUGUUCCGUUCACUUCUCCUCCUCCCCUCCCUCCCUCUCUCUCUCUCUCUCUCUCUCUCUCUCUCUCUCUCUCUCUCUCUCUCUCUCUCUCUCUCUCUCUCUCUCUCUCCGUCUCCACAUAGCCUUCUCUGCCAGGCCCUCCAAUGUAAUUAAAACUGGACCUGUGGACCUGCAGACAUUCACUGAGACUUGUAUGUAUUAGCUUUGGUGAACUAGUGUACUAAAAUGCAUUCUGUUAAGUUGGACUCUGAUAGCCUGUUGCUUGCAAAACAAACUGGAUGAUGACUUGAAAGUUUGGCCCCAUACCGUAUGGGCCAGGUUAAUGUCGGGGCAUAACAUGAGAUCCUUCUACUCAGAAUAUUGUACAUAGCCAGAUAGGAAAACCUCCUCAGGCAGUUCUCAGAUAGAACCACUAGAGGGUGCAAUUGCAGCUUUUAGAGAUGGCUCUGCUGACACUUGAGACCAAAAUGAAUUGUCCUUGUAUGCUUCAGUAUUUGUUAGAUGACCGUGAGAUGUUGAAUGAUGAACUUUGGAGUUUGUGCCAUUUUCUUUUUACACUGGUUUUCAGUGUCUGUUAUUUUAAAAUAGGAAUAAAAUGUUUUUUAUACAGUAUAUGUAACCCUUGUAAUUUAACUUGUUUUAAUCCACAACAAUUGAUAUAAAGUGAAAAGAA